AUGUUGUCACGGGGCGGAUAUUCGCUCGUUUCAAGUGUAGAGCGAUUUGCUAAUGCUACACAAACGAUUUUACCUCUUCGACGUCUUUGCUUAACCCGUACAGUUUAUGCUGCAACAAAUGAAAAGACAUCGAAGGUUUCUCUUUCUCGAUUUGAACCAAAUAAAUAUAUUGAUUAUGAAAAACAAGCAUCUACUUUAGAAGUUGUUAAAAAACGACUUAAUCAACCAUUAACACUUUCCGAAAAAAUUCUCUAUUCACAUGCUGAUGAUCCAAAAAAUCAAGAAUUCAAGCGUGGUAAAUCAUAUUUACGCUUACGCCCUGAUCGUGUUGCUAUGCAAGAUGCAACUGCACAAAUGGCUGUACUUCAAUUUAUAUCAUCGGGUUUACCAAGUGUCUUAUGUCCAACAACAAUUCAUUGUGAUCAUUUAAUUGAAGCACAAACUGGCGGAGAAGAAGAUUUAAAACGAGCAAAGGAUCUCAACAAAGAAGUUUUCAACUUCUUGGCAACAGCUAGUGCUAAAUAUGACAUUGGAUUUUGGAAACCAGGCAGUGGUAUUAUUCAUCAAAUCGUUCUCGAAAACUAUGCUUAUCCAGGUUUAUUAUUAAUUGGUACAGAUAGUCAUACACCAAAUGGGGGUGGUCUAGGCGGUCUUUGUAUUGGUGUUGGUGGUGCUGAUGCAGUCGAUGUUAUGGCUAAUAUGCCAUGGGAAGUUAAAUGUCCCAAAGUUAUUGGUGUUCGAUUAACUGGUGAAUUAAGUGGUUGGACAGCACCGAAAGAUGUUAUUCUUAAAUUAGCUGGUAUUCUAACAGUUAAAGGUGGUACUGGUGCAAUAAUUGAAUAUUUUGGACCUGGUGUUGAAUCCAUUUCAUGUACUGGAAUGGGUACAAUUUGCAAUAUGGGUGCAGAAAUUGGUGCUACAACUUCAGUAUUUCCUUAUAAUAGCCGUAUGGGUGAAUAUCUUAAAGCAACGAAACGUGAAGAUAUUGCUAAUUUGGCUAAUGAAUAUAAAGAUAAUUUAUUAACAGCUGAUGAAGGUGCAAAAUAUGAUCGUGUUAUUGAUAUUAAUUUAUCUGAGCUUGAACCACAUGUUAAUGGUCCAUUCACACCUGAUCUUGCACAUCCAAUAGAUAGAUUAGGUAAAGAAGCAGAAAAAAAUAAAUGGCCACUUGAUAUUCGUGUUGGUCUUAUUGGUAGUUGUACAAAUAGUUCUUAUGAAGAUAUGACACGAGCAGCUAGUAUUGCUCAACAAGCUAUUGAUAAAGGUAUUAAAGCUAAAACAAUAUUUACUGUUACACCAGGUUCAGAACAAGUUCGAGCAACAAUCGAACGUGAUGGAAUUGCUGAAAAACUUCGUGGUAUUGGUGGUAUUGUUUUAGCAAAUGCUUGUGGUCCAUGUAUUGGUCAAUGGGAUCGUAAAGAUAUAAAAAAAGGUGAAAAAAAUACGAUUAUUUCAUCUUAUAACCGUAAUUUUACUGGUCGUAAUGAUGCUAAUCCACAUACACAUGCAUUUGUUACAUCACCAGAUAUUGUGACAGCUAUGGUUUUAAGUGGUGAUCUUCGUUUUAAUCCUUUAAGUGAUUCAUUAACAGCUGCUGAUGGUAGUGAAUUUAAAUUAGAACCACCAACUGGUGAUAAUUUACCAGCAAAAGGUUUUGAUCCAGGUGAGGAUACUUAUCAAGAACCACCUAGUGAUGGUGGUUCACUUAAAGUUGAUGUUGAUCCUAAAAGUACUCGUCUUCAAUUACUCGAACCAUUUCAAGAAUGGGAUGGAAAAGAUUUUAUUGAUUAUGCAAUUCUUAUUAAAAUUAAAGGAAAAUGUACAACUGAUCAUAUUAGUGCAGCUGGACCAUGGUUGAAAUAUCGAGGACAUUUAGAUAAUAUCUCUAAUAAUAUGUUUAUUGCAGCUGUCAAUGAAGAAAAUGAUGAAGCAAAUAAAGUAAAAAAUCGAAUAACAAGUGAAUGGGGUAAAGUGCCUGAUACUGCUCGUUAUUAUAAGAGUAAAAAUACGCCUUGGGUUGUUAUCGGUGAUGAAAAUUAUGGUGAAGGUAGUAGUCGUGAACAUGCAGCACUUGAACCACGACAUCUUGGUGGCCGUGCAAUUAUUGUUAAAAGUUUUGCUCGUAUUCAUGAAACAAAUUUAAAAAAACAAGGUUUACUUGCUUUAACUUUUGAUAAUCCAGCUGAUUAUGAUAAAAUUAAACCUGAUGAUAAAAUUUCAUUAAUUGGCCUUGAUAAAUUCGCACCUAAUCAACCGAUUGAAUGUCGUAUUAAACAUUCAAAUGGUAAAAGUGAAACUAUUAAACUUAAUCAUACAUUCAAUGAAGCUCAGAUUGGAUGGUUCAAGGCUGGAUCAGCCUUAAAUGCAAUGCGUACAUUUUUUGCUUCAAAAAAAGGACAAAAAAUGGUAGAUAAAGCUACAUCUUAA